AUGGCUUAUUAUGGGUAUCAAUACAAGCAGCAGUGCUAUAUCCCCAACGGAGCGAAGUGUGCCACACCAGUCCCCAGGCAGUGCCACAACCCCAGCGCAGUGAAAUCCGUGUCGUACACACCGUGCGCUUCCAAAGGCACCAAGCUGUGCACAGUGAGGAAGACCCUGCAGAGCAGCCCCAAGUGCUCCACACCGUGUUUGCCCCGCUGUGUUGAGACACGGAUUGCGGAAGGUCCCUCUUCCUCCUGUAUCCCCAGGGCUCCUGCUCCGUGCACCCUGGCGUUCCCUCAGCCCCACGUGCAGGGCAGGGGACAUCUCUGCAUGCCACACUGCAUCCAGCCGGGCAUUACGAGGUGCCCUCAGCUCUGCGCUCCAGCUCAUGUGUACCAUCACAGCUCAUAUCCUUGUUCAUACCAGUGGUCCAACAGCUACCAGUACAACUAUGGGCCACAAUGA